UGUGCAUCGUGUUCCGAUCUGUGCCGUCUAAUUACGGAAAGGCGAUCGAUUUUGGGUUGUAAAUUCGUCGUCACCCCAUCGAGAGGCGAUUCUGGGGCACGACGACGACGAAAUUUUCUAGGCCGCGCGUUUCCAGCACAGAAGGGAAAGGCCACCACCAAACACACACACGGACACAGCCAGACAGGCGAGAACGGGACAAAAGCCAGCAAAAUGGCAAGUUCUUCGAGAGAUCACCACCUGAACAAGGUCUGCUGUUACGCACAUCCGGAUGCUCCGCUGAUAGAGGACUACCGUGCCGGGGACAUGAUCUGCUCAGAGUGCGGGCUGGUCGUCGGAGACAGAGUUAUCGAUGUCGGUUCGGAGUGGCGAACGUUCAGCAACGAAAAAGCGGGCGUGGAUCCGUCUCGUGUCGGUGGACCGGAAAAUCCGCUGCUCAGCGGGGGCGAUUUGUCCACGAUGAUUGGGCCAGGGACGGGGCCGGCGUCUUUCGAUGCUUUUGGAACCGCCAAGUACCAAAACCGGCGCACGAUGAGCAGCUCGGACCGGGCGCUGAUAGCGGCCUUCAAGGAGAUCAGCACCAUGGCCGACCGCAUCAAUCUGCCAAAGACGAUCGUGGACCGGGCAAACAACCUGUUCAAGCAGGUGCACGACGGCAAGAAUCUGAAGGGCCGCUCGAACGACGCCAAAGCUUCGGCGUGUUUGUACAUUGCGUGCCGGCAGGAGGGCGUCCCGCGUACCUUCAAGGAAAUCUGCGCCGUCAGCAAGAUCAGCAAGAAGGAGAUUGGGCGGUGCUUCAAGUUGACACUGAAGGCGCUGGCCACGUCCGUCGAUCUCAUCACGACCGCCGAUUUUAUGUCCCGGUUCUGCGCCAACUUGGAUCUGCCGAAUACGGUGCAGCGAGCGGCCACCCACAUUGCGCGGAAAGCCGUCGAGAUGGACAUCGUGCCGGGUCGGUCACCGAUUUCGGUUGCGGCUGCCGCCAUCUACAUGGCGUCGCAAGCCUCGGAUCAGAAGAAGACCCACAAGGAGAUUGGGGACAUUGCGGGUGUGGCCGACGUUACCAUCCGGCAAUCGUACCGGUUGAUGUACCCACACGCGGCCGAACUCUUUCCCGAGGACUUUAAGUAUACCACGCCGAUCGAGCAGCUGCCGCAGAUGUAAACCGUCACAAGCAAACAAACAAACAACAAUUUGCGCUAUGUUACACACAUUCUAGCGAGUUCUUAGCCUUAGCUAGGUGAUAAACACACACACACAUAUUAGUUAUUGCCUAAAUAUAAUUAUUAUAUACACACACAACUAGACACUUGUUUCGUUCGCUCUUCGUUCGAGGUAGACCUGAAUAUGAAUAUUUUAGUUUGAGGAGAGCAAAAUGCAUAGUUUAGUUUAUCGAGAUGCGCUUGUCACUAAUUUCCGUAUUUUUUAUUCGCUCGUAAGUCUUAGUUUUUUUUUGCCGAAAUGUGUAAAAAGAGUUGCUAUAUUUUAAUUCUUUUCGCCACAAAACACAUCUAACGCGCGUAAUUUGUUAAGAAAUUUUGUUAAGAAAACACACAAACCACACAGACACACACGUGCGGCACUUGUUUGCCAAAACACAGCACCUGAUCAGGGGAAAACAAUGUAACUGAAAGAGUAUGGGUGUAUUAUUUCUUUUUUUUCAAUUGAGGAAAAACAAAUCAAAUAUUAAGCUGUAGUGAUCAGAAUGAGAAUAAUAAAAAU